AUGGAUUCUGAUCAUGAUACUUCUUCUUCUUCUUCAUCUGAUGAUCGUUCUAACAACCAACAACAUAUCAAGAAAUCCCCAAAUUUCAAUCGCAGUUAUCAAAAUGACAUGCUGGACCCCUUCUUUAUGCAUCCCAGUGAUAAUCCUGGCCUUACACUUGUGUCUCCACCUCUCAACAACACCAACUUUCACUCAUGGUCUCGUGCGAUGCUAGUUUCCCUUCGUUCGAAGAACAAAACUGGUUUUGUUCUUGGAACUAUUUCUCGCCCUAAAGAUACAGAUCGACUUUCGAUGGCUUGGGAUCGAUGUAACACGAUGGUUAUGUCUUGGAUUACGAACUCCCUCGAACUGGAUAUCGCUCAAAGCAUUAUGUGGAUGGAUUCAGCUGUAGAGAUCUGGCACGAACUGAAGAUCGAUAUCAUCAAGGAGAUAUAUUUCAGAUUUCAGACUUACAAGAAGAAAUUUAUGGUCUUAGGCAAGGGAAUACAGAGAGAUGACUAUGUCAUUCGCUUCCUUAAGGGCUUGAAUGAACAAUAUUCCCCAGUUCGAUCUCAGAUCAUGUUAAUGGAGCCUCUCCCUACAAUUAGCAAGGUCUUUUCGAUGCUUUUACAACAGGAACGUCAAUUCUUUAGUCAUACGGAAGAACUUAAAACUGUCGCAGCUGUUUCUAAUCAUAGUCGUGGAUUUGGUCGCGGUUCAUUUUUAGGUAGUGGCCGUGGUUCUGGUGGCUGUGGUCGGGGAUAUAAAAUUUGCACUCACUGCAAUAAAUCGGGUCAUACAGUAGAUGUUUGCUUUAAAAAACAUGGGUACCCUCCGAACUAUCCACGAUCCAAUUCAGGGGCUUCCAACAAUUGCUCAUCUACCAGCCCUGAUAUUGAGGAUGCUCAUACUUCCGCUACCUCCGAUUCUUCAAGUUUGGACAAUGCUACCCAAGUUUUCACUUUGGAUCAGCAAAAUGCUUUGCUUGCUUUAAUUCAGGCCUCCACAUCCUCCUCUACUAGCACUGUAAAUCAACUUCAACAUUCACCUCCUAUCAAUUUGGGUAAUUCUUUUUCCCAUCAAAUUUCUAAUUUAGUUUCUAACCAUUCUUGGAUUAUGGACACAGGUGCAACUGAUCAUGUUUGCUUUUCUGCCAACAUGUUUCAAUCUAUUAAAAGAAUUCAGCCUGUUUCCAUUAAAUUACCUAAUGGUUCUUUGAUUAUUGCUCAAUUUGUUGGGACUAUUUUCUUUAACAAUGAUUUUUACUUAAAUGAUGUUCUUUAUCUGCCUCAAUUUUCUACUAAUCUCAUUUCAGUUCCUCGAUUAACCAAUUCUCUUAAUUGUCAUCUUGUAUUUCAUGCUACUAAUUGUUUGAUACAGGACAACAUCUCCCUGAAGAUGAUUGGUUCUACUUCAGAUAAUUCUUCCUCUCCUGUUGAAUCUACUGAAACAGCAGCACUCCCACCUACGAAUGAGUGUACAGUUCCUGCCUAUGCUUCGUCCACUGUUGAUCAUGCCUCUCCUGCUAAUCAAUUGCCCAUAUUCAUUCCCAGACGCAGUGGCAGAACCAUUAAACCUCCUUCAUAUCUUACUGAUUUCCAUUGUUCUCUCUUGCAAGGUAGUAUAAACACCAACAUUUUAGUUCCUAAUCAAUUUAAAGAGGCCAUUAAAUACUCCAAUUGGAGACUUGCUAUUAACUCUGAACUCCGAUCACUUUUAAACAAUAACACUUGGGAGUUAACUACUUUACCUUCCGAUAAAAAAGUGAUUGGCUGCAAAUGGGUUUUUAAAUUAAAAUUUCAUGCCAAUGGUACUAUUGAGCGCUACAAAGCACGCCUUGUAGCCAAAGGAUUUAACCAAACUGAAGGCCUUGAUUAUCUUGACACUUUCAGCCAUGUGGUUAAAAUGACAACCAUUAGAUUACUACUUUCAAUUGCUGCCAUAAAAAAUUGGUUUCUUUUUCAACUUGACAUAAACACAGCUUUUCUCCAUGGGGAUCUAAUUGAGGAUGUCUACAUGAAGGUUCCUCCCGGCCUUCAUGUUCAACAUAAAUCUCAAGUUUGCAAACUUAAACGAUCCCUUUAUGGAUUAAAACAGGCUAGUAGGCAGUGGAAUAUGAAAUUAUGUUCUUCUUUAAAACAAUUUGGUUUUCACCAAUCUAAAUCUGACUAUUCCAUGUUUUACUUUUGCUGGUUAAGUCAAUUUUUAUCAGCUCCAACUGAUAUACAUUUGAAUGCUGCCCUCCGCAUUCUCAGAUUCAUCAAAAACAGUCUUGGGAAAUGUCUUUUUUUCCCAGCUAACUCAUCUUUCAGCAUCAAAGGUUUUUGUGACUCAGAUUGGGGUGCUUGCUCAGACACUAGACGCUCUACCACUGGAUUCUGUUUCUUUCUUGGUUCAUCCUUAAUUUCUUGGAAGAGUAAGAACCAACCAACUGUUUCUCGGUCUUCAUCUGAGGCCGAAUAUCGAGCCCUUGCGCAAGCCACUUGUGAAGCACAAUGGCUCUUGUUUCUACUAUGUGAUUUGCACAUUAUUCAUCCAAAACCAGUUGUCAUCUAUUGUGACAACAAGUCAGCCCUUCAUAUUGCAUCCAAUCCGAUAUUUCAUGAGCAAACAAAACAUAUUGAGAUGGAUUGUCAUGUCGUCCGAGACAAAAUUCAAGCAGGAAUUCUACAUCUUAUGCCUAUAUCUAUUGCUGAUCAGACAACUGACUUAUUCACCAAAGCUUUACAUCCUUUUCCUUGUUUUCGCCUUUUAUUCAAACUUGGAAUGUUAGACAUCCAUUCCAGUUUGAAGGGAACUAUUAGACAUACCUAA